GCAAGGAGUUUGUGGCAUAGCGUGUGCAUCUCUUCCGCGGUUUUACCAAAUCGGAGACGUAUAAUGGACUCGCCCUCUCCGGACGCCGCCGCCGCCGGCCGCCGGCAUUACUUCGCCUUCCUCCCUUCCCUACCUCUCCGCCUCAGGAAGGCCGACGAACCCCUUUCCGCGGCCGUAACUCCUCGCUCCAACCACCGCCUACAGGCUCCGGUGGCCAAGGCUUCCGAAAAGGUACCGACGCGAAGCAAGCCGUCGCGCCGAGGGAGUUUGAUCGGCUUCGCGGGCCUCUCUUGGGAGCUCCUCAUUGUCGGAUCCCUCGCAUUGAAUCUGGUAGCCAUCUCUUUGUUCGCCUCGCCCUCGCUGGACGAGGACGGCGCGCCUCCUCUGGAUUUCGACGCCGAAGCCUCCGUGGCGGCUUCUGCGGCCCUCGUCGGGUCGCCGCAUUCAGAGGGCCGGGACGAGGAGAUCAGCGUGUCUUCCACCUCCGGCUCCCGCCCCACCUCCAAGGAUGCCGUGAUUAAUCUUGACCACGGAGAUCCAACCAUGUACAAAUCUUUCUGGAAGAGGAUGGGCCACCGGGGGGACAUCACCAUCGCUGGGUGGCAGGGCAUCAGCUAUUUCUCAGACGUUACCAACUUGUGCUGGUUCCUCGAACCAGAGUUUGAUCAUGAGAUUCGUCGCCUCCAUCGCCUCGUAGGCAACGCUGUUGCUGAUGGCCACUUCGUAGUCGUUGGGACAGGUUCAACGCAGCUCUUUCAAGCUGCCCUGUAUGCUUUAUCUCCUCCUGAUACUCCACAUCCACUUAGUGUUGUUUCUGCAGCUCCAUACUACUCAUCGUAUCCAGCCGUCACGGACUACCUUAGGUCAGGGCUUUAUCGGUGGGCUGGUGAUGCAUCAGCAUUCAAAGGCAAUAAUAUUUACAUAGAGUUAGUAUGCUCCCCUAACAACCCUGAUGGCUCCAUUAGAGAAGCAGUUCUGAAGUCUGAGAAUGGAACGAUAAUUCAUGACUUGGCAUACUAUUGGCCACAGUACACCCCCAUAACUCAUGCAGAAGACCAUGAUAUCAUGCUAUUUACUGUCUCAAAAACAACAGGCCAUGCUGGAAGUCGACUUGGGUGGGCUUUAGUGAAAGACAAGGAUGUUGCUAAGAGAAUGAUCAAGUUUGUUGAGCUGAAUAGCAUUGGAGUUUCAAAGGAUUCACAAUUUCGGGCAGCUAAGAUACUCAAGGCCAUCUCAGAUGGUUAUGAACUUCCAAAUCCAAAGAACAAGUACAAACUCUUCGAUUUUGGUCAUCUACUUAUGUCCGUGAGAUGGAAGAGGUUGCGAGAAGCUGUGAAGGUCUCAGGCAUCUUUAGUUUACCUGAGUUCCAGUCAUCCUAUUGUACUUUCACAGGGAAGAGGGCUGAAACAUAUCCAGCUUUUGCCUGGCUCAAAUGUGAAAAGGAAGGAGUAGAAGACUGUGAGAGCUUCUUAAGGAGUCACAAAAUCCUGUCUCGGAACGGCAAGCAUUUUGGUGCAGCCCUUGACCUAAGAACAAAGAUUCCCCAAACUUGCUGUCAUCCAAGUGCUCCAAUUUGUGGGAUCCUGAUCAAAGAUUCUGUCAUUCUAACAUUCAAGUCAAUCAUUCACAAUGAUCAAUCAUCCACUUCUGCACUGGUCUAUGAUCAUCCCAUUUAGUUGUCCAUUUCAGUAAUGAUUAAAGAGGGUAGCAACAAGAGGAUAUGGACGCUGGAAGGUAUGGGCAUUAGCAAAUGGCUGCUAUGGCUGGUUGAGGACCACCC